GGACUCUCAUCUCUGUCUGUAGGCCUUCGACGCACUCGUCUCUUUGCAGGAUGGCCCUCAUUGAAGUUAUUGCUAACGACCGUCUGGGGCGCAAAGUCCGCGUGAAGUGCAGUCCCGACGACACCGUCGGCGACCUGAAGCGGCUCAUCGCCGCCCAGACCGGUACGGAUCACACCAAGAUCCAGCUGAAGAAGUGGUACACGAUCUACAAGGACCACAUCACGCUCGCGGACUACGAGAUCCACGACGGGAUGAGUCUGGAGAUGUACUAGGCUUGCAUCCCGCUCUGCACCCUCCCCCGGCCGAUGUCCCUUGCUCCUGUUCUAUCGGCCCUUCCUGUCCUGAAAUGUUGUUGUAUUCGGUGAUGUAUCAAUACUAGUCCGGAAUGCUCUGUGCGCGUGUAGCCGCAGCCUAGCUAGGGGACGCCGUCAAGCAGACCAU